AUGUCAACACUUGUGGCCUUCCUCUUCGUAGGGACGCUUUGGGGAUGUACAAAUCCCUUCAUUAAACGAGGUACAAAUGACAACGUCAUGUAUACUCGAAAGGACAAUAGCAUUGGAGAAUUCAUCAACCAAUUUGUUGGACUGGUGAAAAACUGGCAGUUUUUACUGCCAUUUGCGAUGAAUCAGAGUGGUUCGGUAUUCUACGUCUACCUUCUCAGCUCAGCCGACAUUUCAAAUGCUGUACCCAUUUGCAACUCGCUAACGUUCAUUUUUACAGCUAUAACAAGUCGUCUUCUCGGAGAAAAGCUCCAACGUCCUGCUUCAACAUACACAGGCAUGCUGCUCAUUCUCGCCGUACAAUUGUGA